UUAUAUGUGGAAACUUGUAAGUGUGAUUUUGAGAUGGAGUCCCAUCUUGGAAAUCUGCUUUAGCUAAUAUCUGCUCCACCUGUGAAAGUUGAAUUUUGUUAAGCUAUGUCACCUUAAAAUUAGUUUGAUGCAUGGCAUGCUGCAUGAUGAAAGUUCAAAACAUAUGGCAAAUUUGGAUAAUGGGCAAUGACUGUCUACCUAGCUAGUCUAGCAUUGUGUUCUAGGCAUGCAUCCAAUUGUUGCUUGCAGCUGUCCAACUCCUUUGGGGUAUCGUCACCCUGAAGAUUAAAAACAAAAAUGUUACCAAAAAAUGAAAUAGAAGUCCAAGAAAAAAUAUGGAUAAAAUUAAGAAGUAGCAAAAACUUUCAUUAUGUCGAGCCACCAUCAAGCUCACAAAUGGUAAGAUGGGUUUGACCACAAUCUAUGGAGUUUCUAUCUAAAAUCACACAGAUUGCAUAGGACCUAUUUGAAAUUAUCAUUUAUAAUAAAAGUUUUUAUACUUUUUUGGGAACUAUUAUGACAAUAAAGACUAAGGCUCUACACGUGUAAUGCGUAAUGCCAAAAUUAUCGAAUAAGGUUAAAACAGAAAAGGCAAAAAGGGUGGAGUUGCGUAAGCCUGAGGUCCACAGGGUUAGAUGGUUCAAGUAUCUAUUAAAAGUUGGCACUAUUCGGGGGUGGAGUUGUACCACAGAGCAUUAACAUUAUAACAAUAGAUAUAUUUCACUUGUGCGAUCUCCUUGCAACGAGUGACAAAACCCUAAUCCUAUCUUGUUUCGAUGGAGCGAGUGGGGCGUUCAGCACUCGGCAUGGGCAGUCUGCGGACUACUCUGGGCAAUCGAAUCCCCAUACGUGGUUUCAUCUACUGGCUGAACCAAGAGCAUUCUGGUAUGGACCAGACAGCACUGGAGGUGUUGAUAUCUAAACCGGCAAGCACAGGCGCUGUCAUCACUGUUGCCAUGUAUUCCCUGAGCCUUGGGCUUCAGUCUAUUGCUCGUUUUGCUGGCAUUCGCAAUUCGAUGUCAGCAAAUCUCAUCAUUAUCCUCACCAUCAUAUGGCUGCAGUGUGGUGUCCCAACUUUGACCCACCCUUCUCAAUUUGAGAGCGUUGCUGCACCUACUCAGAUGUCAGAGCCAUAACCGAGUCCUCGCUUGGAUUGAUGCCUAUGAAGAACAGUUUCUAUUAGAGUUCUGUGCCAUGUAUUUCUGAUGUAGAUGUUGUGAACAUUUGUUUUCUGCUGCACUGUCGUUUCAGGAUGUUGUCUACUGUUUAAAUUUCAAUGUCGUAAGUUCAUAUGACUGUAUUGCAACUAUAUCCAUAGAAUGGUCUUAU